CCUAAUCAUUCUUAUUCAUUCCUUCAUUCUUAUUGCUAUGACCAUUCAGUGCAAGCAUGUCAUUGUCGUUGGUGGAGGGAUGGCUGGUUUGAGCGCAGCGCUGGAGCUGACUAAGGACCCCAAUAUCAGAGUCACUCUUUUGGAAGCUCGGAAUCGUCUGGGCGGUCGGAUUGCCACUCACCAUAGCCUGAUCUCUCCCUCGUUCGAGGCAUCAGCUCUUGUACCCACUGGUUCCUCUUCUCUCGCCUUUGAUUUUGGUGCUUCCUGGAUUCAUGGUGUCGACCCUUCGAAUCCACUCUACUCCCUUCUCAACCAAGCCAAAGUCAAGUACAUUCAUACAGACAGCGAUAUCAUGUUUAGUCAACCUGGUCCUGGUAUAAUACAUCUGCCUGAAGAGGAGAGUAAUCAUUAUUGGAAAAUUGUUUGGGAUAUUUUGGAUGAAGGGCAAGAGUUUGCAAGAACCUGUCGUGAUCAGAUCCCAGAGAACCUUUCUUUACGUCAAUGGCUGACAGAUUAUAUCAAAAAGUACCAGAGCGAGGAUCCGAAUGACGAGAAAACAUACAUGAGCCCUAUUAUGAAGAGAGUGAUACCAGGGUUGGCCAUGUAUUGGGCGGACGAAAACGCCAUUCCCCUAGAGCGAGUGUCUAUGAAAUACAUGGAUGCUGAAAAGAUCUUUCCUGGUGAACAUUGUCUGGUCACCAAUGGACUUGACCGUGUGGUUAAUGUACUGAAGGUUCAGCUGGAGGAGAAGGAAAAGGAGAACCUUACUGCGUUACUGGAGCACGUUGUCGAAGGCAUCGAAUACAAUGAAUUUCAAGUCGACGUCACAACAAAUCAUGGUUCCUUCACUGCGGACCAAAUCCUGGUCACCCUUCCCCUCGGCGUCCUCAAAACCCUCCAGACAAGAACAGAAGCAUCAACAGCAGCUACUAGCACUCCAUUUUUUAACCCCCCUUUACCUAUUUCUAAGCAAAAUGCAAUUCGAAACCUUGGCUUUGGAACCAUGUUUAAAAUCUUCCUCUUCUUCCCAACGUGUUUUUGGUCUCCCAAUGUGCAUUUCAUCAACUGUCUCCCCUCGGAAGAAUUUACUAAAUCUCCUUCUUCUAAUUUAAUAGCUCGUUUUUGUUUGAAUAGCAGACAAAUCGAAGCUCUGACAGUGUUGAUGCGGGAUCUAGCUAAUUACUCGUCCCUGAUGCCAGUCUACAACAUGCCAAUCCUGAUUGGAUAUGCCACCAAUCGCGCUGCAGAAUUGAUGGAAUGUUUAACAGAUGACGAAGCCCGAUACGUUUACAUGUGUCAUUUAGCUCAUUACUACGAUAUCAUGACCAUUGAUAAUGACAGGACUAAUGGAGGUGAAGCCGUCUGGCCAAAAAUCUCAUUCAUGUCAAGAUGGAAUCAAGAUCCCUUUGCCCGUGGGUCUUACUCAAGUAUCCCUAUAGGCGCUACACCUCAAGACAUUGAAGCCUUUCAAGUUCCUGUUGGGGUCAGACGCGAUAGUAUGAGCACUACUGAUACCAUUGAGGAGGGCACGGAUAAUGUUCCAGCUUCAAAUAAGUUAAUAGCUGUAAAUGAUCCAGAGUUGGGGAGAGUCUUCUUUGCAGGCGAACAUACAUCCUCUAGUCACUUUGCUAGCAUCCAAGGCGCACUCAUGUCCGGUCGCCGAGAGGCAGUUAAAAUUUUGAGACAGUCUCUUGUGUAGGUCGUAGCAUAGAAAAGUCUAAUAAAGAUAUUUGAUU